AUGACGACUAUAAUGAGAUAUGGUGAAGAUAACAAUUUUGAAUGCCAACGUAUUAAUAAUGAGAAAACAUCCAUCUUCUUUAGCAAGAAUACCAGUAAUGGGAUGAAGCGUGGUAUUAAGCAGGCUCUCGACCUCAACCCAGUAGUAGGUAACAUUAACUACAUUAACUACCUGGGUCUCCCGUUAUUCCGAAGUCGUAGGAAAGAUACAGAUUUCAUUUUCAUCAUGGAUAACUUGGUCUCUAAGCUGCAUGGGUGGAAGUUGAAAUCCUUAUCUAAAGUCGGUCGUGCUACUCUGAUAAAAUCAGUGGGAUUUUCUUUACCAGUUUAUACCAUGCAAACGACGAAGUUGUCCAAGAAGCUUGCAGCGAAAAUAGAUGGCAUGGUUAGAGAUUUUUGUGGGGCUAUGAGCAGGGCAACUGUGGCAUUUGUCUUAAGCCUGAGAUCAGUUAUGCCUCCCCAAGUCUAG